GGUCAAGAGAGGAAACUCGCUUACUUCUUGGAUAAGUAGGCAUUUUUGGUAGCUUAUUCGACCCACAAUCCCAAUUGCCGCUAGGGUUUCUUUGGUUGGUCUCGCAGUUCUCGAUUCGUUACCUUCUUGAAGCCAUGCCUCGCCGUAGCUCUGGAGGAAGACCUGCUCCUCGGGCUGCUCCACGGCCUGCUCCACGGCCUACUCCUGUGAGGAAUCCCCCUCAACCAGCUGUAAAUCAUGCUCCUCCUCCAGCUCAUGUCCAGGGUGGUGGAUCCAUGCUUGGAGGGAUUGGCUCCACAAUUGCUCAAGGCAUGGCUUUCGGCACGGGUAGUGCCGUUGCUCAUCGGGCGGUGGAUGCUGUUCUUGGGCCCCGAACUAUUCAGCAUGAAACUCUAGCUUCUCAAGUUCCUGAAGCUGCUUCUGUUCCAAUGGCAAAUAUCAGUGGUGCUGAUGCUUGCAGUGUUCAUUCAAAGGCCUUCCAGGAUUGCAUCAACAACUAUGGGACCGAUAUCAGCAAGUGCCAGUUCUACUUGGACAUGUUGUCUGAAUGCCGCCGAUCCUCUGCUUCUGGACUACUGAAUGCUUGAGAUCUACAUAUUUUUUACUAAUAUUUUGCUUCUGGACUGCAUGAGAUAUAAUCAUUAUUCGUAUUAUGCGUCUUAAAUUCUAUUAUCUUCUCUGAAACAACUCUCAAUUUGCUUUCCAUGUUCCAACUUUGUGCCCCUUUUGUGGACAUCUGAGCACAACUGCUGCAGUCAUGUAGACCAUAAAUACUUAAAAACAAUGUGUUUUGUUGAACUAAACCUGAGUGGUAAAUCUCUGUUAGACGCAUCUGAUUA